AUGGCGUCAGCGCGUACUGUUACGUCGUCGUCGUCUUUAUCCCAGUUGCAUUUCGGAGGAAAACAAAGCACAUUAACAUUGGAAGUCGUGGCAAGUUUGAAGGUCCAUCAGCUCUCCUAAUGGUACAUCAGAAGUAAAGGUACUUACAUACUUCUUAAGGAUGGCUAGUUGUGGGGAGGUAGACCACUCUGUUAGCUCACUUCCAUCCAGUAAAAAAGGCAGUAACAAUGGUGGUGGAAGUGGGAACAGUGCAGAAUCAUCAUGUUCUGGCUCCAGCAACUCAUCGCCAGCCCUGUCUGUACCGGAGUGUGCAAUCUGUCUGCAGAGCUGCGUCCACCCAGUUCAACUGCCAUGCCAUCACAUCUUCUGCUUCCUUUGUGUAAAGGGAGCAUCCUGGCAGAGCAAACGCUGCGCUCUCUGCAGACAGGAAGUACCGGAUGACUUCCUGGAAAGGCCCACACUUCUCUCUCCAGAGGAGCUGAAAGCAUCCGCAGGUGGUCGGGGUGGGGCAACAAGUGAUCACGCUUGGUAUUAUGAGGGCCGUAAUGGUUGGUGGCAAUAUGAUGAGCGAACCAGCCGUGAGCUGGAGGACGCUUUCUCCAGGGGCAAGAAAACCGCUGAAAUGCUUAUUGCUGGUUUUUUGUAUGUAGCCGACUUGGAGAAUAUGGUGCAGUACAGACGCAAUGAGCACGGUCGUAGACGGAAGAUGAAGAGAGACAUUUUGGAUAUCCCCAAAAAGGGAGUGGCAGGACUGCGUUUGGAUACUGACGGUAUUCCUGGGACCAUUGGGGCAGCAGGACGGGAAAACUCCGCUGAUGGGGCUGAUACCUCAGUAGCAGCUGUACAACAACAACAGCAGGUUAUGAAUAUCUCUUCUACUGUUACAGCCCCUCCAGCUGCUGCCAGACCUCUCACCUCCCUCGGUGGUCAGCCUGGCACCAGCACUAGCUCCUCCCUUGAGAAUGAUCUCUCCCAGCUGCAAAUCAGCCCCAGGCCCACUCCUUCUCAUGAGCGGCCUGAGGCUGGGGAAGGAGAGGAAGAAGAUGAAGAGGAGGAGGCCUCACCCUCCAGGUCCUCUGAUCCUCACACCUCUGUGGAAGAGUCUGGUUCUGGAGACUGGAGUGACGAUGAGGAAGAGGAGGAUGAAGAAGAGGAGGGGGGAGAUGGUGAGCAUGUGGAGCCAUGCGCGGAUAGGCCACAAAGGCAAAGACUGAACACAGAAGACAGAGCCCCUCCUGGUGCAGAGUCCGCUUCUCCCCCUUCCUCAUCCAGUAACGGAAGGUCCAGAAUGCCUGAUGGCCAGUGUAUAGUGACUGAAGUGUGAAGUCAUCACUGAUAUCAUCAACACCAAAUGGCUAUGUUUCAUUCCAUUAAUUUAUUCCUGACUUUAUGCUGUCAUUCACGCAGUCACAGACUGGAUGUGGGUGUAUUACUUAGUAUAGGAGAGUUGAAGCAUUAUAUACUCAAUUACAAAUAUAACCUUGUAAUUAGGAAAACAACUCAAUUUUGGCAAUCACAUUUGGUGCCUCUUUGGCUCACAAUGAUUUGGAUGUAUUGUCAUUCUUACUCUAUAUAUUCAGCCAGUAGAAGUAAUGUUCGUCAUGUUCUAGUACUACGCAUUCUAGUACUGAAACAUGAGGUAGAGUUUGGUAAACAGUUGGAUACGACAUGUUGUAAGCCAUGGAAUCUCCUAAAUGUCUAUCUAACACAUCAUAUGCAGUAGGUGUAACACACCUAUUGUGGUGGUCAGCUGCCAUCGGUCUAUUCUCUUUCAGCCAUUUGCUGCAGGCAUAUUAAGGCUGUUUUUUGAGUAAAAGCAACUUGCCAGCCUGCUUCUACCAGCCCUAGGUAGGCAUUCGUGUGUUUUAAAUUUACUGUAUGAUCUGCUACCUAUUGGGAUAUUUACUGUGCUUCUGGGAAUCUCACCCAGUUUUGUGGCUUGCAGUGAAAGAAGGCAUAUAUGAGGAUGCUACUCUUGAACAUGGAAUGGUGUCAUUGUCAUUACUAUGAAUGGCUGCAUUCUAAUCAUCUAUACCCUAGCUGUGUCUCAAUUCAGGAAAGGCAGCUUUCAGAGGCUAAUUGCGUCACAACAAUGCUGUCCCAUUGUGAAAGCUCCGUUAAAUAUGCAACAAAGAAUCCAGCUGGCGGAUCCUUCAUGGCCCACCUGAUCCCAAGCUUCUUUGCUCACCAGCAGAGAGCAGACCAGCUGUUAAGGUUGCUAAGUGACAGGAGUGAGGCUUUUUAAUGCAGCAGUAAGGGCAGGAACAGUUGGUAAGGUAAAUAGGAAAUCCUCUAAAGACCAGACAAUCUCAUUUCAGUUUGGCCUGUAGUUCAGCUGUUGUGGUCUACAGUGGCUGUGAAGGCCACACCUUCAUAGACCACACCUUUUGAAGGUUGCAAUCCCUGAAUUGACACAGAGCUUAAGCCUCUCAGCUAACAUAGCACGCAGAAAUGGGCUUAUUGGAGUCAUUUGACUACUCUUGCAAAGAAUUUAAUCUUUGAUUACUUGCUCCCAACCUCCACACUAAAUACUGUCCUUCAGAUUUAACUGAUUAUGAAGCCUUUACUUUAAAUUCUGAAGCUUAACUGUUAACUUUUGUAAAUGUGCCAUUUUAGGGCAGAUAGCAGUUUGAAAAAAAUCUUCAAGUGGUUUAUCUAGAUGAAGAAAGGAACCAGAAAAGCACUUAAUGAUGCUUGUCAGCUAUUUAUCUUUCACACAACAUUGUAAUGUAACUCAGGAUCCACCAGAUUAUCUGGCUACCUGCCUUUGGUUUUUUUGAUUUGAUUUUAAUUAACCUGCAGCUCUCUCUGAAAUUCUAAAUUCUGUAGAGAUUUAAGAAUAGUUUUAAAUUAAUGUGCAUAACAGAGAACAUAUCAAAUUCACUUUCACUUUUCCCAACCUUAAGUAAUUGGCAUUUUAUUGUAAAGUAUUUUCCUUUGAAAGCUGUUGAGGCCUGUGUAGCCUCAUUUGUAUUUUCAUUGUCCCUGACAGAGGUGUGACAUAAUUGGUGUGACUCUGAAGUUUUGUGAUUUGUGCGUGUUUGAAGAGAGAGCUAUUUAAUCCCUACUGGUUGGCACGAUGUUGAGAAUUGAUAUUUUAGGUUUGGUUUGAGUAAAUGUUUUUUUUUUCUUUUUUAUGGCUAUAAAUCCUUAUGUGUCAUGUCUGAGGCGUUAAAAUGAGAAGAACAUGUCACUGCAAUUUGCCAUCCUGCAGAAUUUUCAAGUUUUUUUUUUUGUCUUUAAUGCUUUCAUCAUCAGCUCAGUUUUAGACUUUCUAUUCUGAAGAAUAAAGUUUGUGCAACAGUU